GUCACUGAAAGAGCGAGAGAUGCCUAAUGAAAACGGAAAGGAAAAUUAUAUUUUUCCAUGAUCUUAAACUAACUAUCUAGCUAUUUCAAGUGGUAUUUAGCUAGAUAUUCCGGUUCAUGUUAUUGUUUUUAUGGAUAUGAAAACGUCCUGACAAAGAGAAACAGAGAACGUGAAGCUCGGUUUUGCUCAAUCACCCCUCUCUUACCGAAAGCAGAUAGAUAAUAUGGAAGAAGGGGCACAUUGAGGGAGAUCACACAAGCAAGACCUGCAUUCUCAAGCUCGCUGUAUCUACUGGGAUGAAUAUUCUCUUCAUAAGUGGAUAAAAUGCCCUGACUUCCAUGCAAUGGAGGGUUUAAGCUUCUCUAUGGGUUCAAUGGUGAUUCCCAAGACCUUGCUGCGCAUGCAAGGCUUUGGUGCAGCGGUCCUGGGGCUGAUGGUGUUGGUUACGAUGAUCACAGCAGGUUCACCUGCAGCAGUAAACUGGUCUUCAUUGGAUCCCACCAUGUUGGAAGAGUUUCAGGAAAAAGCAUCAAGCUGGACUGAAUCACCCUCAGCCUUAUUAGUUUCACACACUGAGGCCUCUGAGCACCCAGACGAGACUACAACUACAGCGCUGCCUUCACCUGGUCACCUACCACCUGAAUCUACACUAACACUUACUCAAUGGGGUCUUUCAGCUUUUCAGAACUCCAAAUCAUUGACUUCUAGAGAUCCCCUGCCCAUUGGUCCAGACCCUCUCUCCACUCCCCCUUUAAGCUCCUCAGAGCAUGUGAUUGGCCUUCAGCAACAACCUAAAGGCCCUACCAGACUCUCAAGGGAGCUGAAGCUCUCUGGUCCUAACUCAACCAUGGCAGUUGUCUCUCCAACCCUUGUUAAAGUACCACACCAGAAGCCUCUCGGACCACAGUCCAAUACAUCCACAACACCCUUGUAUUUCUCUACAGCCACCAGUUGGACUACAUCGGUACAGUUAAUUGUCCCAAACUCUAAUGAGAGAGCUCCAGAUGAACCUCCAUUAUUAUCCCCCAGCAACCAGCAAGACCCAUCAAAACAGACAACUCCUGCAUUUAUGACUUCACUUCCUGUUGGACCCCUCGACCAGCCUAGACUGCCUGUUGACGAUCUGGUAGAUGUAGAAGCCCAGUCAGACCAAGCCAGGCCAGAGUCUAAACCUAAUCCAGACGUGUCCCAGAGAUUAGGAGAUCUCUUGCUGGAUUCCAAACUGCCCCUAGAUCCCUCAAGUAGAUUAAUCUAUCUGGAUCACCUUCGCCCCAGCAGUGAGCUCAUGCAGAAGGACAAUGCUGUUCAAGAUAUCCACAUGCUCCCGAAACCAUCGCCUGAGAUGCAGCUGGCUCCCAGUUACGUGCCUUUUCUGAGCCCUCACACCACGUCCUCCUCGGCCGAGCCCACCAUGGUCCCUCCUGAGGACAUCUUUCCCACCAACACCAUGGAGGUGGACUGGGGCUCCGGAGACUUCAUGGAGACCAUGUCCUUCAUGGGCUCGGAAGGGGAUGACUUCUUCUUGGUCACCAACCUGCCCACGGACAUGUACGACCUGGAGGACUCCAACGCGGAAAGCUACGACACCUCCUUCCCCUCCAGGGUCGGCGUGUCCUUCUCCUCGAUGCGUCACAUGACGUCUUCACCUAGUCUCACAACAACAGUUUACAGCUCUAGUGUUAGAAGUGUGGCACCCACGUCCGUUCCUCUCUCCAUCCAUCCCUCUCCCAGUCACCCCACGCUCGCCUCAAGACAAACACCAACACCUCAAGGUGGUUUACCAGAAGCUUCUGACGUUGACUGGACAGAUAACUUCACAGUUGAACCAACAGACCUUCUCUUACCGGACAUGAACAGCCUGGAGUACUACACCAUCCAGCUGACCAAGGAUGACUCAGAAGAACACAGAGGCACUAACGUGACCACCACCUCCAGGCAUUUCUCCCUGAUGUCCAUCAGCACCACACACAUCAUGGCCACCAGCACCUUCACUGUGGACCUCAGCCAAAUGCUCACAGCCUUCAAUGGAGUGGAUGGAGUGGAGGUCCAGCCUUCUGACAACACUACCUGGAUCGAAGAGUCCUCCACUGAUAUCUCCAGCUCAGAGCCACUCAAUACGACCACAGCAGACACCACAGAGAUGACUCCUCUGAAUGUCUCAGUGCCAUUCCUGGAGCCUUCAGUAGCGCCAACCCCCUCCAUGGACCUCUCGUCCUCUCUGUGGGGUGUCACUGGUCAGGUGUCCUCCGGUGAAUGGACAAGCCCCGUGACCACCUCCAGUGUCGGACUGGACAGCAGCUCUGUCUUAGUGUCUGUGCAGCCUAGUGUUACGGCCUCUGAGACAGACAUCCAGUGGUACGUCUCUCCCACCACCACAGAGACGGCCCUCCUCAGCACCUCUCUCGUAACUCCUGUGAUGACCACCUCUAUCGCCUUCUCCCCAGUUCCCGGCCAGACAGAAUUACCACCCAAUAUCACUUCAGGCCCCACAGAACCAGCCACCAACGCCACCACCAUCCCCCCGGUGUCAGUCAUGGCUGACCAAGCCGUUGAUACUGAUAGUCCUGUCACAGCAGUGACCAACGACAGCCAGACUACAGUUAGCAGUGUAGACAUCUCCACAACUGAUCCUGCCACCACCACCACCACUACUACUACAACUAUCACCACUGAGGCCUCUACAACCACCUCUCUGGCCACCACCACUACCACCACCCUCUUAAACAGAACUACUACUAAGAGCCCUCCUACAACCAUAGGUCGCCAGUACCUCUGUAACGUCACCAAGCCUGUGUACUUUGUUAAAGUCGGUUUUCCGGCUGGGGCCACUGUUGGAUAUGCCAAAUCCCAAAUCCGAGAUGUCCUGAAGACUGAAUUCAAUAAGUCAAUUGAACUGCAGGUUGCUAAGAAUCCUCCAGACUUUGUGUUCCGGGCAGUGUCGGGUCCUGUGGUGUACACGGCCAUAUCAAUCAUCAACGCCCUGCGCCAGUCAAGUCGACGCUUCCUGUCCAUCUCACACUACUGGAAGGUACCAGACCACCAGUACCAGGUACACUCAGUACUGCAGUUUGUGCCCAGGCACAUUGACGUGCGCGUCUGCAACUUCAGCGAGCGCAUUGAGAAAGGCCUGACCAUGGCGUACGCCGAAGUGCGCCGGCGCUCGCAGGAGUCCACAAACUUCACUGUGGAUAUUGUGAACAUCACCAUGAACCAGCCAAGUAGUCAGCAGAGGGAGCCGGUGGACGUGACCUUCGCGGUGCGUGGCGCCAUCGGCUACCUGAAGGGGUCAGAGGUCAGCAACCACCUGAGGCUGCUCAACAUGGUGGAGUUCAGCUACUACCUGGGCUUCCCUGUGCUGCAGAUCGCAGAGCCUUUCCACUACCCGGAGUUGAACACCACCCAGUUGCUUCGCUCGUCUUGGGUUAGAACAGUGUUGCUUGGUGUGCUGGACCAGGGGGUGGACGAGCGGACCUUCCAGGCCAAGAUGGAACGUGGUGUGGCCCUGCUGCUAGGAGAGGUGCUGGGGGCGGCUAGGCGCACCAAGAGGGCCACCAGCGUGGGUAACCACAGUGUUCAGAUUGUGAGUACGACCAUGCUGGUGGGAGCGGACCACCCCCUGGAAAUUGUGUACUUUGUGGAGGGUCCCAGCGGGGAGCGGCAGCCUGCCAUCACUACAGCCAACAUGCUGAACCGCCUUGACGUGCAGAGGGCAGCCAUCAUACUGGGAUACAGAGUGCAGGGCAUCCUGGCUACACCUGUGGAGAAGGUGGCGGGGUACCCUCCCCCGGACACGGAGAACACCAGCAUGUGGAUCAUCAUCGGUGUGGUGGUGCCUCUAGGCGUGGUCAUCGUCAUCAUCUCCAUCCUCUACUGGAAGCUGUGUCGCACCGACAAGCUGGAGUUCCAGCCUGACGCCAUGACCACUGUCCAGCAGAGACAGAAGCUCCAGGCUCCCAGUGUGAAGGGCUUUGACUUUGCCAAGCUGCACCUGGGCCAGCACAGUAAGGAUGACAUCAUGGUAAUCCAGGAGCCUGGCGCCCCCGGCCCUCCCCUGCCCAACCCCAGCGCCAAGGAAGCCGCCUCGGAGAACGGCGAGUUCCCCACCCCUAAGUCAAAGGGGACCUCUGUCUCCUCCACCAAGGCGUCCCGCAGCGCACGCAGACGGGGAAGGAUCUCUCCAUCGGACGGGGACUCCAUGGUGAGCGCUGGGUCCAGUGAUCGUGAGAGGGAGUCAACCGAGGAGAACCUGAGAGCCAUCGCCACCCCAAACGACAGCAAGCAGGCCCGCAAGAUCCCCAUCAAUGUUUUAAAUGGGAAGAAUAGAAUUGGUCCUCCACCCAUGAACGGCCAUGACGAGCAGCUCUCGUCGGCCUCCAUCUUUGAGCAUGUGGACCGCAUGUCGCGCUCGGCCGACGGCACCCGCCACUUGUCCAAUAAGAUCCAGCUGAUCGCCAUGCAGCCCAUGGCCUUCCCAGCCCAGCACCACGGCGCCACUGUCAACGGUAACAACGGCAGAGGGCAAGAGACACACAACAUCUUCAACAAGGAGAUCCAGGUGGCGUUGAGGCACAAGUCUGAGAUCGAGCACCACCGUAAUAAGAUCCGUCUGCGGGCCAAGAGGAAGGGUCACUAUGACUUCCCUGCCAUGGACGACCUGGUGGACAACGGUCUGACCACUGACCCCAAGGACCAGGACCGUAUCUACCACAAGGCCCAGAUGCAGAUCGACAAGAUCCUUGACCCCGACAUCCACAUACCCUCGCUGUUCAUGGAGCCUAAAAAGAGUGGCAGGGGGAAGCGUUCUCCCAAGCAGAAGAAGAAGCACCAGCUGAACGGCAGCCUGACAGACGCAGACAAGGACCGCCUCAUCUCCAACGACAGUGAUGGCACCUACAGGAAAUACCCUGGCGUCAACAACGUGGCCUAUGUGUCGGACCCUGACCAGGCCCCAGAGUCCGGGACCCCCUCCCCCAACGACGACGUCUUCCUGGGCCCCAUCUCGCCCCCUCCGGGGCAUGCCCCUCCCCCUCCCCCUACAGCCCCCCAGCCCUCCAUUGAGGAGGCACGGCAGCAGAUGCACUCUCUGCUGGACGAUGCCUUUGCCCUGGUCUCCCCCACCUCCCAGGGCAGCACGGCCGGCCUCACCCUACCUGGUGUCAACUCCAACCUCCCCAGCUCCAGCCCCCCACCCCGCGGUGGAGCCCGCCCCUGGGGCUCGUCUUACCCAGCACUCAGCCCCUUCUCCUCGAGAUACGCUGAGUUAGGAAUGUCCCCUCCUUCAGUCCAAGGCUUACUACAGAGACAGGGCCAGGGCUCCAGCUACCUGCCACCAGGUGACCCAGGACACGUUGACCAGCUCCCCCCAGACAGCCACUAUUCCACCAGGGGCCUGUACACUGAAGACCUCCCCUUCUCUGCCAGGCCACGACCAGUAGGGGGCACCACAGGUGCCCAGUUCCAUCACCUGACCCAGAUGGGUCUUGGGAGCCGGGUCAACGGGGGAUACCCGGCGGGGGGUAGGGCCCCUCCAGGUCAGACUGGAGGUUCAGGGUGGGGACCGUACGCUGACGAUGACUUCAGACCCACCAGAGACCCUGUUCUUCUGGGCUACCCUGACUCCUCCUCCUCUAUGUUCCAGAUGCCUAGUAGAAGUGCACUAAGGGAGCCCUCUGCCACCCUGGCCCACCUGGACACCCACACCACCGGGUUCGGCUACCCUCCAGAGGAGUCCUCCUCUCCGCCCAACCACUCAUCUGCUUCCCUUAUCAAGGCCAUCAGGGAGGAGCUGCUGCGCCUCUCCCAGAAACAGCAAGCCGUGCCCAGCUACCACAGCUGAUCACAGACAGCCGCCAGAGUUAUUCUGACUCUUAACCUCUAAUACUACAUCCACCAGUCAUACCACUGCCCCUGCCUGCCUGCUCCAACCUAUCAAUGCUUCCCAUGGAAGUUCUGUUGUACAGGAGGAUAAAUACAAGACUGUACUGUCUUGGGGCGGCAGGUAGCCUAGUGUUUAGAGCAUUGGGCCAGUAACCGAAAGGUUGCUGGUUCGAAUACCU